AUGAACACUUUGUUCGCCCAGCUGUGGAAGGAGUACACUCUGUCGGACUCGCGGUACCUCACACUCGAUAUAUUCACCGUGUGUAUCGAGUAUAUCACCACGAUCUGCUGGGGGCCCCUGUCCCUGCUGACUCUCCUCUCCAUCCUCAAGAACCAUGAUCUUCGCCAUCCGCUGCAGGUCAUUGUGUGCACGGCCCAUCUGUACGGCGUGGCGCUGUACUAUGCGACCAGCGAGAUGGAUGUCACGAGGUAUUCCAGGCCAGAAACUCUGUACUACUGGGUGUACUAUGUCGGCUUCAACGCGCCGUGGGCUACUGUGCCUUUUUGGUUGCUGUGGGACAGCUUUGUGGCCAUCUCAAAUGCAUUCAAAGUGUCUAGGGAGCUUGAAGGGGGUAAAAAGAAUGUGUGA